UAUUAUUAUGAACUACAGAUUGUACUCUGAUAUUUGUAUUUUAAAUUAAGAGCGUCAUUAAAGUCUCCCGGAAGUGGAUAGACUCGCGCUCGCGCUGCAGCCUUGUGUUUCCUGUUUACGGGCGGGAAGAGUGAACCUGCGUUACAGCUCAUCUUCAUCGCAGCGCCUCGGUGUUGUUGUUGUUACUGCUUUCAUUGGCCGCUCUACAGCGCUGAUGGCGGAGCCCGCGGACUCCGGCGGUGGCGCGGCGCGGGUGACGGAGGUCCGCUGCCCUGCGGGAGAGCGUCCGCUGCGGCUGCUCGAGUGGAAGGUGAAGCCCGGGGCUCUGGUCAACGUCGACUCCGUCAUCGCGGUUUGCGCGCCAAUCGCCGCCGAGAGCGAGUCCAGAGCGGCCGAGAGGAAGCUGAAGUCGGACCGCGCUGGAGCCGUGCGGGAGCUGUGCUGUCAGCUCGGACAGGUCGUCGCGCCCGGGAGUGUAAUAGCAAAAGUGGAAGAAUGCAGCCAUCCUGUUGUAAUGAAGGGCUUGUGUGCCGAAUGUGGCCAGGACUUAACUCAACUACAGAGCAAGAAUGGAAAGCAGCAGGCGCCCAUCUCUACAGCGACCGUUUCCAUGGUGCACAGUGUUCCCGAGCUGAUGGUCAGCUCUGAGCAAGCAGAGCAGCUUGGCCGAGAGGACCAGCAAAGACUUCACAGGAACAGGAAGUUAGUGCUUAUGGUGGAUCUGGACCAAACGCUGAUCCACACCACUGAACAGCACUGCCAGCGCAUGUCCAACAAGGGAAUCCUUCAUUUCCAGCUGGGACGGGGGGAGCCUAUGCUUCAUACACGACUGCGGCCUCACUGCAAAGACUUUCUAGAAAAGAUCGCCAAACUCUAUGAGCUGCACGUCUUCACCUUUGGCAGCCGUUUAUAUGCUCACACCAUUGCAGGUUUUUUAGACCCUGAAAAGAAGCUCUUCUCUCAUCGCAUCAUGUCUAGAGAUGAAUGCAUUGACCCCUUCUCUAAGACAGGCAACCUCAGGUGA